CUCGUGUCGUGGUUGCCACGACACUUGUCGCCUCCACCGCAGAAGUUCAAGGAAACGACACUGCCACCAGUCACUGCGCCACCUACAGCCCAAAUUUAUUAAAAAAGGUGAACGGGUCUCUCUCUACACUCUCCACCAGAGUGUUCUUUUUUUUUCUUUUUCCCUUUUCUUUUUUCUUUUUAGGGUUUAGGGUAUUUGGUUUUGGUUUUUAAUUAAUGGGUUGAAUGAGUUUUUUCGUUUUUUGAAAGGUUUUAUUGAUUUUUUUUUUUCAUCGACAUGGGGGAAUUUUCAAUUUUCAGUUGGGGUGAUUUUUUCUUUCUUUCUAUUUUUGUUCUUCGUUGAUGGGUUUAUGUUUUUGGAAUUAUGGGUUUAGUAUGGCUGAGGAUUAUGGGUAGGGAUCUAUGUUAAUUUUUGAUUGAUCUUUCAUGUGCAAUUGGAUCAGAAGUUGGAGAGUAAAGGCAAACAGAAUAGUGUUCGUCGCAAAGAUAUCUGCUUCAAUUGGUUGGAUGUAUAAGACACCUCUCAUUUGUUGGGUUUCAGUGAAUUACUAAAAAAUAGGAUCAAACAUGAAUUUCAAGAACUUCAGUGAUAUGCCGCCAGAAGGAAAUGGUGGUAAGCCACUGGGAAAUUUCUCCUUGACCCGGCAACCUUCCAUAUACUCCUUGACCAUUGAUGAGUUCCAAAACUCCUUGGGUGGAGUUGGGAAGGAUUUUGGAUCAAUGAACAUGGAUGAACUUUUGAAGAACAUUUGGACAGCUGAAGAGACUCAGAAUAUGACAUCCUCCGCUGGUGGAGAAGGGAGUGUCCCUGGUGGGAAUUUGCAACGGCAGGGUUCUUUGACAUUGCCUCGGACAAUUAGUCAGAAAACUGUUGAUGAAGUUUGGAAGGACUUGCUUAAAGAAAAUAGUGCAUUGAAAGAAGGUAGUGUUGGGGGGCCACCAAACUUGCAGCAGAGGCAACCUACUUUAGGAGAGAUGACUUUGGAAGAGUUUUUGGUGAGAGUAGGGGUAGUAAGAGAAGAUGCUCAACCAAUUGUUAGGCCAAAUAAUAGUGGAUUUUACGGUUUAUCAUCACAGCCCAAUCAUGCUGGGUUAGGGCUUGGGUUUCAGCAAUCAGGUCGAAAUAAUGGUGCUUUAACUAACCAGAUCACAGAGAGUAAUUAUUUAGUUCCUAAUCAACCUCCUAGUCUAGCUUUGAAUAUGAGUGGAGCUAGAUCUUCUCAGCAACAGCAGCAGGAUCACCAUCAUCAACAACAGCAUCAGCCACUCUUUCCCAAGCAAGCGACUGUGGCUUUUUCCUCUCCAAUGCAUUUAACAAACACCACUCAGCUUGCUAGCUCGGGUGUGCGGGGUGCAGUGGUUGGAAUUGCAAAUCCUACGCGGGGUGCAGUGGUUGGAAUUGCAAAUCCUACGGUUAACAAUGGUCUGGUUCAGAAUGGUGGGCUACAGAGUGGAGGAAUGGCCAUGAUUGGUUUGGGAACUGGGGCUGUUUUGGGUGCCUCUGGAUCUCCUGCAAGCCACAUAUCUUCUGAUGUAAUUGGGAAGAGUAAUGUGAACACAUCUUCAUUAUCGCCUGCUCCUUAUGUGUUUAAUGGAAGCCAGCGGGGAAGAAAACCUGGUGCACUGGAGAAAGUAGUAGAGAGAAGGCAGAGAAGGAUGAUUAAAAACAGAGAAUCAGCCGCAAGAUCACGAGCUCGUAAGCAGGCUUAUACCUUGGAACUUGAAAUGGAAGUUGCAAAACUGAAAGAGGCGAAUGAAGAAUUGCAGAAGAAACAGGCGGAUAUGGAAGUCCAGAAAAAUCAGGUACAAGCCCUUUUUAGUUGUGCAGUUGCCUCUGUUCUUAGUUUACAUUGGCAAACUCCAAUUUUAAUUGAAGAUAAUAUAUACAUAGUUCCUCUAAAAGCGCCAUAGCCUACAUUUUGUUAAUGAUCAAGUAAAUAGAAAGAACUGUAAUUUAGCAGUUGGUAGCAUCACCGAGGUGGGUAAUGAUUUACUUUAUCUUAAUUGCAACAAAACUAUGACCAUAGUCCCAUCCAAGGAGUUGAAAUUGAGUCGUUUAAUCUUUAAUAUGCUGUUCCUCUCUCUCUUUCUCUCUCUAUGUACGCAAUGGCUUCCCCAAGUCUUAAUUCCCAAGAGUGCAUUGUCCUUUUGACAGGCCUCUUACCUUGUGAUUGGGGACACCCUGUUCUUCCUGAUAAAUUUAAAAACAGAGCUCAAUUUCAUUCCUUGAAUAUAGUUGUGUUUUAAAAGGUAGCAGUGAAGGAAAAGAGACUGAUCACCCUUUUUCUUUGUUUUGUUUUGGGCAGAUCUUGGAGACAAUUCGGCAAAGGGGAGGUAAAAGACUCUGCUUGAGAAGAACACUAACAGGCCCUUGGUAGAGUAAAUUAAAUAA